GCACAACUUGGCUAGCAGUGAGCCUCUCUAAAGCAGUGGAGAAGCCUAAGCUAUUAUCAAGUUCUUCCACUUCGCCAUGAUGAUACCGCCCAAAAAAAUGAGGCCACUGCUGUUUCUGAUUUCCCAGGUGGCCAUCUUUGCCCUGUUGUUCCAUCUCUAUGGCCACAACUUCAACUCCCUGUCCACCAAGGCAGAGCCCAAGCCCAUGCACGUGCUGGUCCUGUCUUCCUGGCGCUCCGGCUCUUCUUUUGUGGGACAGCUUUUUGCACAGCACCCGGACGUCUUCUACCUGAUGGAGCCCGCCUGGCACGUCUGGAUGACCUUCACACACAGCACCGCCUGGAGGCUGCAGAUGGCAGUGAGGGACCUGAUCCGUGCUGUUUUUCUGUGUGACAUGAGUGUCUUUGAUGCCUACAUGAAACCCGGUCCUCGAAGGCAGUCCAGCCUCUUCCAGUGGGAGAACAGCAGGGCCCUGUGCUCCCCGCCUGCCUGCAACGUCUUCUCCCGGGAUAGGAUCAUCCCCCAGGCUCACUGCAAGCUUCUGUGCAGUCAGCAGCCUUUUGAGGUGGUAGAGAAGGCCUGCCGCGCCUACAGCCACGUGGUGCUCAAGGAGGUACGCUUCUUCAACCUGCAGGUGCUCUACCCACUGCUGAGAGACCCCUCCCUCAAUCUGCACAUUGUGCACCUGGUACGGGACCCCCGGGCGGUGUUCCGUUCUCGAGAACGCACCACUGGAGAACUCAGGCUUGACAGCCGCACCGUGUUGGGGGAGCAUUGGGAGAAACUCAAGGAGGAGGAUCAGCCUUACUCUGUGAUGCAGGUCAUCUGCCAAAGCCAGCUGGAGAUCUAUAAGGCUGUGCAGUCCUUGCCCAAAGCCCUGAGGCAACGCUACAUGCUCAUACGCUAUGAGGACCUGGUCCGGGACCCCACUGGCCAGACUGCCCAAAUGUAUAAAUAUGUGGGACUGAAAUUCUUGCCUCACCUCCAGACCUGGGUGUACAACAUCACUAGAGGCAAGGGCAUGGGUAGUCACGCCUUCCACACUAAUGCCAGGAAUGCCCUCAACACCUCCCAGGCCUGGCGCUGGACCUUGCCUUACAAGAAGGUUUCUCGACUUCAGAAAGUCUGCAAUGAUACCAUGACUUUGCUGGGCUACCACCUUGUCAGAUCGGAGCAAGAGCAGAAAAACCUGUCCCUGGACCUUCUGUCUGCAUGGACUCCCUCCAAGUAA